AUGAUUACUGAUUAUGAUUUUUACAAGGAACAUCUUAAUGUUAUUUUAACUAUUGCAUCAAUCAAGUGUGAGUUCAGGAUUAUGAAGACAAAUAUUGUGAUAGCUCUUGGGGACUUUGCCUACGUGCACCCCAAACUUCUGGCGCCAUAUACACGCGUGCCGACAGUUCAGGGGCAGAGUCCUGAUGGGUGA